CUCUCUCUCUCUCUCCUAUUAUUUUCAUUAUCUCCUAAUAUACAGAGAUUGAUCGCAAAUCAAAUGGGUCGCGUUAAGCUUCAAAUUAGGAAAAUAGAAAACAACACGAGUCGACAAGUGACCUUCUCCAAACGUAGAAAUGGACUCAUCAAGAAGGCCUACGAGCUUUCGGUUCUCUGCGACAUCGACGUCGCUCUCAUCAUGUUCUCUCCCUCCGGCCGUCUCAGUCUCUUCUCUGGCAAAAGAAGGAUUGAAGAUGUGCUUAGCCGUUAUGUAAACCUUUCGGAUCAUGAGAGAGGAGGCAUUCUUCACAACAGUGAGUAUUUGGUCAGCACCCUCCAGAAAAUAAAAAAUGAAGAUUCCAUGUUCCUUGAAUUUGGAAGUCCACCGGAGGAGCUUAUCUCAACCUCAGAGGAACUCCAACAAGAAAUCAGUAAUUUGCAACAGCAGCUCCAAGCGGCUGAGGAACAACUCAGUAUAUUUGAGCCAGAUGUACAAGCAUUGACAACAAUGGAGGAACUUGAAUCAAGUGAAAAGAACCUGUUGGCCGCCAUGGACCGCAUCACGCAAAGACAGAAAGAAUUAAUGGAUGAGCAUUUAUCGGCGUUCGAAGCACCACCAACUAUACAAAUGAAUUCAAUUGGGCAGAUAUACUUCGAGUCACCAAAGGGGAUGCCAUCAACUUCAUCAUUUCAGAGUGACUUAGUUAGCUGGCAGCUGCCAGAGAAUGGAGGAGUUAAUGGGGACAUUAAUCAAGACCCUAUGUUUGGUGAUUCUGGUCAUCCUAAUUUUGUUUCUCUAAGGACCAAUUCACCAGCAACAGUUUACAGUCAACUAUGCGAUGUGGCGGAUCAAAAUAAGGAGCCUAUGACCAACCAAAGGAGUGAUGAUGAUGAGAUGGAUGACAGCCUUAAGCAGUGGCACAAUUCCUGUGCUUCAAAUGUGCUCCUCUCUUCCCUUAUGUCCUCAACCUCUUUUCCUCAAAAUGAUGACAUGGUGGAUCCAGCCGUAGCAGCAAUGGAGCAACUUCACCAGGUGGAGGGCCCGUCGAGCUGCCUGGAGGUGCACGCCGAGAAGGCAGAGGAGAUGACUGAUUACCCAGAGGUGCGAAUGGACAAGGCGGAGGGGACGCAGAGUUGCCCGGAGGUGCCAGCAGAGCAACCUGAGCGGCCUUGAUCGAGAGCCAUCUUACCAAGAUCAGGAAGAUGGAAAACUUGAGACCAAGACACCGUAAAGUUACAUGCAAAAUAAUCAACUUCUUAGGUUUAGUAAUUAAUCCAUUAAGAAAGAAGAUAUAUUGUCAUACAACAUGGAAGGAUAUGUCUAUAUGCAGAAAAAACAAAGAGAUAAAGUAGGACACAUAUUUAUUGUGAAAGACGACAUAGUCGCACAAAUAAAUCUUUUGAGAAUACACGUACGGAUAAAAUGAGAAGUUUUAAUUUGGUU